AGAGUAAACGAGGGCAAACUUGCUGUCCUGGAUGUAAGAAGUCAUUCAACAACCGUUGUAAGCCAGAGAAGUGUGACCAGUGCAAUUGUUACCUUGGAGGAGAUUUUGUCCCCUGUGAAAAAAAGCAAAAAUUAAAUGCUCCCAAGAGUGUGUUACUGUUUAGUAGAGAUGAUUGUUCUUUUAUUCUGUAAAAACACACUCCAAGGACUCUAGAUGCCUUGUGAUUGUUGACUUGUUUCGAAACGUAAAGCAGUGUUUGGCUCAGAAAUGCAAGGACGUCAGAGCUGCAUAUGUGAACAGCAGCAAUGCUGAAUUGUUUUUGUGUGAACACACAGCUCUGUGCGACAAGGCAGUACCCCCAAUAAAGGUAUACAGUUUAACGGAUGGAUUAAUCAAUAGUUACCCAUGUGAUCAAGCCACAAAGCUGCCCCUUAUCACUUGAAACUGUCAAACACUGGCCCUGCUGUUUUUCAGGUUUCUUCAGUGUCAUUUUGUGUGGGUGGUGUGGCAACAGCAUCAAAUUCUGUUGGAUUUUGCCACCCCAAAAACACAAAUUCCAAGUUUGUGUGUACCUCUUCAGAGUGUGCUCGCUUCGCAAACAAGACAAAAGCAGCCAAGCAUAAAAAAAUAUGCAUGCAUCUGCAUAUGUUGCCGUGUAUUUUUCAGUCCUCUGGUGAACCUGUAACUGCUUCUGGUUCACCAAAUGAAACGGUCACUUUCUCUAGUCCAUCUGCGGCUUCUUCUGGUUCUUCGAAUGAAACAGUCACCUUCUCUAGUCCAUCUGCGGCUUUUUCCAGUUCUUCAAAUGAAAUAGUCACCUUCUCCAGUCCAUCUGCGGCUUCUUCCAGUUCUUCAAAUGAAAUAGUCACCUUCUCCAGUCCAUCUGCGGCUUCUUCCAGUUCUUCAAAUGAAACAGCUUUUACCGCAACUUCUCAAGAUUCGGAGGUGGCUGGGCGACAGGCAACUCUGCAACUCAAGAUGCAGCUGUCAUUUCCUUAUGACAUUCCAAAGGGAAUUUUACAAAAUAUAUUGUGUCUGGAUGGCCAGACCGUUCUAUAUCGCCUUGGUUGGGAUGGCUGGCCUUCCGUUUACGAGCCAAAGGAAGAAAUUUGCGCUUUGUGUGGAGUGUCACUGUCAAGUGCACGUCCUCAUCCUGGCCAGAAAACAGGGGAUGGUGGUUAUCUUACCACCAAUGCAGUGGCUUUCCAAAAGAUAACAAUAUUGGUAAAGCACUGUCCUAAGUGUAAAGCAUUAGUACAGGUGUUUCCAUAUGAU